CAGGCAGCCACAGAACCAGCGACUGGCGGCUCAGUACUGGCCGGACGGUCGCGCAGGAAAGACGUGUGACGCUGCGCUCUGAGGCGAGGGAGGUGCUCGGCUCCGACUCGCACGUGGACCGUGUCUGGCCCAAGGAGGAGGACGCGUCUCCUUUGCAUCUUCGUCUCACAAGAAGGAUUGUGUGUGAAGUUCAACUAAUGAUUUGUUUUGAAGUGUCUUGAAAAAAUAAGUGCUUCCAAUACAUAAAAAAAUCAUACUAAAAAGAAAACAAAUUGCUGUGCAGGCAAAAAGGCUGUUUGGUUAAAAAGUGUGUAAGAGCCGCAGCUCCUCGCGAACGGAAUCCUUCGUUUCGUCCGUCCGCCGCUUGGCAGCACGCCCAUCGCCACCCACGCCCACACGCCCGCGCCCAUCACUGGAGGUCGCGCGCCCGGAGACAGGUCGAAGAGGAGGAGUGACCGGUGACUGAAGACCAACACCCGGGGACCCUCCCUACUCUCUCCCUCUCUCCCUCUACACCCUCCCCCUCCCCCGCCGCCGCCGAGAAAUCGAAAGGAUUUGCUCUUACCGAGCGAUCCUCCAGCCUUCCGACGGAGGGCUCUGUGCUAGGAGACCACCCAAGCAACAGCCCGCCUGCCCAGGAGCCCCUCUCCCGAGCACCUGGGGGAGGAUGCCAGCGCUGCGGACGCGAAGCUAAGGCUCACAGGACCCUCGGAUCAGAGGCUCCCGCCGCCGCCAUGUCCUCCGGCACCCACUCCUCGGGGGGAUCCUCCUCGGCGGGGCCCCACCUCGUCCCCGUCGGCAUGGCGCUCACGCCCAAGGUGCUCCUCAAGCGACACAAGCUGCCCGUCGCCGCCCACCUGCACAUGCCCGCCCCGCCCCCUGGCCUCGACCUCUCACGCCCCCUCAUGCUCUACAAGACCUACAACUCCACGAAGGUCCGCGGCGUGUCCCUCCGGCCGGGUCGCGACGGCGCCCUCACCCCCGUCGGCCCGGCCAUCGUCAUCCCAGACUCCUACACAGGCUGGUUCGCCAUCGUGACGAGCGAGGGCCACACGGCGCCCUUCUUCUCGUCGGUGGAGCAGGUCGCCACCAGCAAGGUCUCCUUCUUCCUCACCAGAUACGACGUGCCCGCCUACACCAACCUCAAGGAUGCCGAAGGUCGCAUGACGUACCAGAAGACGGUGGUGCAGAGCGGCCAUGUGCUCAAGCUCAUGGGCAUCUUCGAGGACCUCAACGCCCGGAGGACCAACAGCGCGGGGCGAGGGCGCGAUGCCUCCAGCGUCUUCAACUGUGAUAAAUACGCCCAGUGUCUCAACUACAGGAAUGAGGUGGUGUUCCUUCCGUUCUCGGCGUCGGGGCGCUUCUACACGACGGCGCACAAGACGAGCAAAAACCCCAACCACGUGUACCUAAUGGCACACAUCCUCAAGAACCACAAGCUGCCCCUCACCGUCAGGCUCGUGUGCGGUUACAUGCCCCGCGUCCCGUGCAACUUCACCGGAGUGCUGCGUCUGGAGCAGGCGCAGAAGGAGGCAGUGAUUCUGGCGUGCACGAUGACGGACGAGGCUCAGGCGACCCUGUUCGAGAUCGACGUGGCGUCCAACUUCGUCCUGACGCCCGUGAAGGACCCGCUGUUCCCCAAGUCGCCCAUCUUCCUCAAGACCGUCUCCUACUGCGACGACGAAGCCGAACCCUGGCGGCGACAGAUUAAGGUGACUCACCAUGUGACCGAGAAGAGGUCAAGGUCAUUGACCCGAUCACUGAGUGACAAAUUCGUGGAGCCGAUGGCCAGCGUGCGGCCGCUGAGCCUGUCGUUCCUGUCGGUGGACAACGACAAGAAGAAGGGGCGCAGCCGCGACCGGUCGAGGGACAGCCGGCAGAGCGAGCCCGGCCGCGACAAGAGCCGAGAGCAGAGGUUCCGUGAGUUCCGCAGCCGCGAGAAGAGCGUGGAGAAGACCAAGUUCAAGUACCACGACUACAGCAACAGCUUCAGCGGCUUCCCGAUCGCCGAGCACAGCCUGGAGGCCAAAAAGAAGAACUCGGACCACCGUAAGAUCUCCAAGCAGAACACGUACGUGCUGCAGAACGGGCGGGGCGGGUCCAAGCACCCCGAGCGCCGGGCCGAGAGCGACCUGGGCGGCUACAAGAGCAGCAGCAACAACAACAGCAUCAACAGCAACAGGUCGGUGGAGAACCUAGAGUACUCGCGCGUGGCGGACGACAUCAGCCCAAUCCCCGAGACGGAGGAGGACGUGUCCGAGAGCCACUACGCCGAGAUCUGCGACUACGGCCAGCGGGGCCGGAGGCAGCCCUUCGCCAGAGGCCACCCUCCGCUCAGCCUCCCCAACCUCAGCUUCACGCUCGAGGAGGAGAACCACGUCCCGAGUGACGCUUCGGGCAGGCUGAGCGCGACAUUCAGCGACAGGGAGUCGAGGAGCAGGAAGUUCUCGAGCGCGAGCGGCGACUACAAGGAGAACAUCCCGCCGAGCGAGAUCGGCGUCUCCACCAUCCACGUCAGCGCCGCCGACGGCAGCCGCGGUGAGGAGACGAGCUCGAUCAAGGGCGGCCGCGACAUGAUCGAGAAGGACAAGGCGAACGAAGUGUACAUCAUUCGCGUGGUCGUGAAGGACCAGGAGGACGACAAGCUCUCCACCAUCAGCAGAAACAGCAAAGGGGGAUACUACAUGAAGCUGAAGGGCUUCGAGGUCCCGCAGGAGGAGAUCGGGAAGACGGUCCUCGGGGACGAGGUGAGCGGAUACGACUCCAUGUGCUGAGAGGCGUCCCCGCUUCCAACCGACUCCCUGUGCUAACACGACUCCCUGUGCUCAAGUCAAGGACGCGUAUGCUGUGCGCUAGGAUGGUCUGAAAGUCCUUUAAGAAGUGAAGUGCGCCCUUUGGAAACUGAAGUUACAGAAAUUUGUGGCGUUUUAUCUCCGCAGACUUAAUCACAAUCGAGUUGAACUUCCACUCGCCUAAAUGAUUUGAAAAUUCCGUCUUACAUUUCUGUAUCUCGGUUUCGCUUAUAUGAACUAGCAUAUGUGUUUGUGUACAUAAUUUCCGUGGCAUGUAAGCAAUACUUUCUGUUCCUGGAAAAAAAAGUCUUUAUAACUGUGUUUCCUGUCGUGUGGUGCGAUCCAGGCGCUCUAGAUUGCACACACUCGUGGCUGUGACUCCGGGAAAAGGGUUACUCUCAGUGACGAUAAACCCUGCUCUUGAACCUUCAGUGUAAAGUUCUACAUUAUGUAUCGAGUUUUAUGUGGUCGAUAUUGGAGCAUAUCCCAGUGCUUUAAAAAGUUGUAAACAUACACACAUACAUACGUGCCUGUAUACAUUUAAACUUGUACGUGUGUACGUGUUCAUGUGGAUAUAUGUGCAUGCGUGUGUAUGUAUGUGGCAAUAUGGAUUUGAUAAAGUAUAUUACCUUCACUGUCAGCAGAAGCUCAGAACAAGGCGCAAAGACAAACACGCCUCUUUUCCUGUAAAUGUACUUUUAUGCUACUUAUUUAUGAGAAAAACAGUACGUAAACAUGCAACAAAAGACCAGUACCUUCUGUGAUGAAAUCUUAGGCGAGUAAGAAACGUGACAAGGAAGAACAAGUGAUUCGUAUAUUCUGCCUUCAGGAAAGCAGGAUGUUUGAGAUACUGCUGUUCAGUCUGUAUAAACAGUGAUAAAUCCCAAAUGUGUUUUGAAAACCGUUUUACUGAUACUUGUAUUGUACGCACUGCGGGGUCUGUACAUUGUGUGUUCGAAAUUCGUUCGAAGCAGCGAGUGAGACAGUAAAACGGUUCGUUUUAUUGAAGGAAAUGAAAGGAAUAUGAAAUACACUCGAGUUUGUGAUGAAGCACUCACGGUAGAUGAAAAAGAAAGUAAAUUUAUAAUUUCAUAAAGAAACAACAACAACAUUACAGUGUAGUAACCCAUGAGGUUUAGACACUGAAACGCAAAAGACAUGUAAUGAAAAUAAAAACAAACCAAAAAACUAAGAACAAUUUAAACUAUAAUACAAGUAUGAACGAGAAGCACAUGUAGAUUAGAAAAAGAGCAAACGUGAUGCUCUCAGUCCCGUCCUGAAUCUCUAGUCAGAUCCCCGACAAUGACCCCACGAACUGUCCCGCCCACUGACUAUCGCUGCAGACACGUGCCGAACAAAACAGACACGUCUCCUGUUGCUCCUGGGUACAACACUGACAAAAACUUGUCUCGAGUUUGGACAAUUAGAUGGGAAAUUAUCAUUCCGAGGCAGCCAAUCAACGUCGAGAGGCAAGUUUGCACAGCCAAUCAGCACUCGAAGUUGGGAUUUUCUCGCGGCCAAUCAGAAUGCAGCUUGGUGUUCGGGCAAACACCCACUGUUUAUGAUUUGCUGUCUUUUUCGCCGCGAUCUCUGUAAUUUGUUCAGACCUCUUUCUUCGGUAUGAGUGUAAUCCUGUGAUGAUAGCUGUUCGAGCUAAAAGGGCCUUUACAUAUUUUUUCCCAUUAUAGUGAAUAUCCAUAAACGAAUAUAUUUAUUCUUAAUAAGCAUAUGAGUGUGAACUUUUUCCCUACUUAUUUUGAUAAAAGAUCGCAUAUUCUUAUGCUAUAUAAUGUUUAGGAAAUCCACAUUACUCCCCCAACCAUUGCACAGCACAAUCAUAUCAAUCAAGAUAAGUUUUGGCAAUAAAUCUAAUUAAACCUUCAAAAAAAAAAAAAGGUAAAUUGACGAUUGCGUCGCACUGCACCCACUGAACGAGGGAUGAAUAUCAUCAUAUAAUCAAAUGAGUUGUUGCGUCGAUUGGUAUCACAGAAAGAGAAAAAGUGGUUUCGAAGGAAUGUUCGAAAGGUCAGGAGCGAGGUCGAGCCUUCACACCAGGAAACAUCCCCUGUAUAUGAAUUCUUGUAUAAAUGUCUCUGUAGCCCAUCCUCUAUAUUUUGAUGGCUUGCUGUCAUGUUUUUUUAUACUGUCAUAUAUUUCGUACUGUAUUCACAUAUGGCGAAAUAAAAAAUGUAUUUCAACA